AUGGCUUUCACUUCAUCACAGUCAUGUGAAAGAUGUUCCAGCCGAGUGGUGUUUGUGCAACAACUGACCUCUUGUUUAUUGGCACUCAGCCUAAAGACCUCCUGUAUAACGUUGUCUUUAAUCUGGAGAGUUAAAGCUGUGGUGUCCAUUCAGCCUGAUGCACAUGUGUUCAUUGGAGAGGAUGUUACUCUCAGAUGCGACACACAGGGAGGAGGAGACACUCAGUGGUCAUACAGCUGGUAUAAGAACAAUAAUAGACUCUACACAGACGGAGGAUAUCCAGCCUCAACAAAGGAGUUAAAUAUCUGGUAUGCUGGUGUCUCUGUCGGUGGUUCCUACACCUGCAGAGGACAGGAUUCAGAGAUCAGUGAUGCUGUUACACUGACUGUAUCAGAAAAACCCAAAGCGACUGUGAGAGUGAAUCCUCAGAGCUCCGUCUACACUGGAGACACCAUCACUCUGAGCUGUGAGCUGCAGCAGGGGGCUGGAUGGAGGUUUCUCUGGGUCAAAAAUAAUCCGUAUGUGAACAUUGGAGCUACAGACACCAUCACACUCAAUGUGACAGUUGAUACUGCAGGAGAAACCGGGUAUCGGUGUAGAGCGCGCAGGCGGAACGCAUGGGCAAACACAGACUACUACACAGACUACAGUGAUUUUAUCAGGAUUACAGUAAGAGUGAGACCAAAACCGGUGGCAUCCGUGAAUCCUGAUAAACAGGUGUUCAGUGGAGACGCCGUCACUCUGAGAUGUGACAUACAGGAUGAAAGUGUCUCUAGCUGGCAGUACAGCUGGUAUAAAGAUCCUUCACACAGUCGUGUCAGUAGUGAACAGGUGUACACAAUCAGUGGUGUUAAAGCGACCCACACAGGUACCUACACCUGUAGAGGAGCAGAGAGAGGGGGCUCACGCUCAUCACACUUCAGUGAUGCUGUUACACUGACUGUAUCCGAGAGACCACGGCCAGUACUGAGUGCAUCUCCACAGAGCUGGCUGACUGAAGGAGACUCAGUGACUCUAAGCUGUGAGGUUACAGGCUCCUCUACAGACUGGACAUUCAGCUGGUACACAACUGUUCCCUACAGAUCCGGAUUAACUCAAAUAACAAAUAGUCGUGGCUAUAACAUGUCUGUGGAGCUCCUCUCAGACAGCAGCAGAGGAUCUGGAGGCAAAUACACUCUCAGUCCUGCUGCUCUGAAACACACAGGAGUUUAUAUGUGCAGAGGAGAGAGAGGAGAACCAGCCUUUCACACACAGUACAGCAAUCCACAGCCUCUAUGGAUCACUGGUGAAUCUCCUCCAGUCUCUCUGAUCAUCAAUCCCAACAGAACUCAACACUUUACUUCUGACUCUCUCUCACUGAGCUGUAACUCUACUGACCAGAGUCGUUCUACUGGAUGGACAGUGAGACGAUACACACACAGUGAGGGAGUGUUAGAUUGUUCUCCAUGUAAAAUCAGCUCCCUCUCCACAUCCUACACUGGAGUUUACUGGUGUCACUCUGAAUCUGGAGAAAACAGGAAUCCUGUUAACAUCACAGUGCAGGAUGGUGCUGUGAUCCUGGAGAGUCCUGUCCAUCCUGUGACUGAGCGACAUCCUCAGACUCUACGCUGUUUAUAUCGAAACCCAAAGCCCUCAAACCUCCGAGCUGAUUUCUAUAAAGAUGGAUCAGUCCUCCAGACACAGACUACAGGAGAGAUGAUCAUCCUUAAGGUCUCAAAGUCAGAUGAAGGUUUCUACCACUGUAAACACCCAGAGAGAGGAGAGUCACUGAAAAGCUGGGCCUCAGUCAGACUGCUGGUCUCACUGAUACCAGUGGCCCAUGUUCAAGGGAGAGUUAAAGCUGUGGUGUCCAUUCAGCCUGAUGCACAUGUGUUCAUUGGAGAGCGUGUUACUCUCAGAUGUGACACACAGGGAGGAGGAGACACUCAGCGGCCAUACAGCUGGAAUAAGAACAAUAAUAGACUCUACACAGACAGAGGAUAUCUAGCCUCAACAAAGGAGUUAAAUAUCUGGUCUGUUGGUGACUCUGACGGUGGUUCCUACACCUGCAGAGGACAGGAUUCAGAGAUCAGUGAUGCUGUUACACUGACUGUAUCAGGUGAAUCUCCUCCAGUCUCUCUGAUCAUCAAUCCCAACAGAACUCAACACUUUACUUCUGACUCUCUCUCACUGAGCUGUAACUCUACUGACCAGAGUCGUUCUACUGGAUGGACAGUGAGACGAUACACACACAGUGAGGGAGUGUUAGAUUGUUCUCCAUGUAAAAUCAGCUCCCUCUCCACAUCCUACACUGGAGUUUACUGGUGUCACUCUGAAUCUGGAGAAAACAGGAAUCCUGUUAACAUCACAGUGCAGGAUGGUGCUGUGAUCCUGGAGAGUCCUGUCCAUCCUGUGGCUGAGGGACAUCCUCUGACUCUACACUGUUUAUAUCGAAACCCAAAGCCCUCAAACCUCCGAGGUGAUUUCUAUAAAGAUGGAUCAGUCCUCCAGCCACAGACUACAGGAGAGAUGAUCAUCCAUAAGGUCUCAAAGUCACAUGAAGGUUUCUACCACUGUAAACACCCAGAGAGAGGAGAGUCACUGAAAAGCUGGGUCUCAGUCAGACGUGAGAAACCUUGUCUUAAAUUCUGCUCUCUCUCCUCAGUCCCAGGAUUUAGAUCCAGUGUUGGAACAGUAGGAGUGGCUGUGGGUUUGGGAUUUUUCUUCAUUGCGUUACUGAUCUUAAUGAUCCUACUGUGGUCCUACAAAAGAAAGAAAGAAAAGCAGCAGAAAACCAAUCAGACAUCAGAUCAGAAUCAGAGGCGGUCAGGAGCUGAAGAGACUCAGGCAGGAUAUACACCACUUCAGGCUGGAACUGAACACAUUUACGACACUGUGGCUCAGGCAGAUACGAGUGGAACAGGUGAAGCUGCAACUGAGAGCAGCAAAGCCACUUACGCAAAGGUCAUGAAGAAAAAGAAGGCAAACAGGAACAAUGGUGCUGAUGCUGAACAAGGUGCAGGUGAUGGUGAUGUGACUUAUGCUGAGAUUGAACUAAAACCAACAAAAAAAUCGAAGAAAGUAAAAGAGAAAGCCAGUCUGGGUGAUGAUACUGUAUACUCAGAGCUUCAACAGAACAUGAAGUGAGCCGUGAGUCUGUGCACACUGAUGAAGUGACAGUCAUCAAACAGAUCAUUGGAAAACUGUUAAUUGUGUCUGUCUUCUGUUUUUUCCUAAAACGCUCAGCUGUUAACUUUAAACUGCUAUUGCUAUGGUCUAAGCUUGGAUGAUGCCAAACCUGCCAGCAAUUUUGAGAACUUGCUCAUAUCAACCACUCUUUAAUGAACCUGCAGAAGCCAAAACAUUAGGCUCUUACUGGAGACAUGUGUAAAUAACAGAAGUUCAGGCCAUGGAUCAAGUCAGUCUGAAGAGUUUAAUGCCCCAGCAUCCCAUCAAUGGGCUUCCUUGCUCUUAUCAGGGUGAAAUCCCAGGAGAGUGUGACUUGCCUAAGAAGCUUUACUGACCAAAGAGGUUCUUCAUUCAGUUGCUAUUUGUUUUCUGAGGCCCAACCCCAGGAAACCACAGAAGGUGGUUGAACAGAUAUUAUUUGAGCAAUUCAUUACCCAUCUUUUAUGCUAAGUUUGUCAUUGUAUGGGUGCUUGUACAGUAUCUGGACUUCCAGUUGGGCCAUGGAACGGGGCAGCCUGCCUACAACUGGGGACCAUUUUGCCCAACAUGGUGUAAUGGGAUGACUGUUCAGUACAGCAGCACUAAAAAGGAAUGUUUGACUGACUUUAACUGCACAGCUAUGCAAAAUGAAAGGCUAAAUUAAAUACAUCAAAGCUUCAAUGAAUAGAACCUUUUCUUGGACUACUAAUGUCACCUUGUUGUAUAAAGACUCUCGUAACUUCUAGACUUAACUAUUGCAUACAGUAUAAAUAACUGGCUGUGGUGUUGUCUCUUUUAGAAAGCCUCAGCUAGUCCUUAUGAGAAAAGAACAAAGUGAGCAUAUUAUUCCAUUCUUACCCAAUCUAGUUUGGCAGGAUUUUAAAUUCUACAAUGACUACAAAGUUGUUUCACUUUGGCAUACUGUACCUUCUUUUAAAAGCAGUAUACUCCAUCCCAGCAGGUUAAUCUCAAGGGCCGCUUAGUUGGUGGAAAUGUUUGUUUCAUCGCUCCCAAACUCUGGAAUAAUGUUUCAAUCUCUGCAAUCUCUCUGUGUAUUUAAAUCAAGAUUGUUGAUGAAGGUACUUGUUUAUCUUGUUAAAUAUACUUCAUAAUUACAUUACAAUAAUUUUGCAGACGCCCUUAUCCAUAGUGAUGUACAACAUACCUAGAGCAGCCUGAGGAGCAGUUGGGGGUUUGGUGUCUUGCUCAAGGGCACUUCAGCCAUUACUGCUGGUCCAGAGAAUCGAACUAGCAACCUUUUGGUCCCAAAUCUGCUUCUCUGACCUUUAGGCUUCCUCAUGAUUAGUAGUAGUAUAGUGGGUACGGAAAGUAUUCAGACCCCUUUAAAUUUUUCACUCUUUCAU